UGGCUCCGACCUCCGUCACCUUAACAGGAAGUACUCGAGGUGUAAAGGUGUUGCUAAAACACUUUCUUGCCUCACAGUCUGGACUCAUCAUUUGGAGAAUAUGUCUUUUUCACAGACGGGAACAGCAUGUCAGAGCAGCAUAUGGACCACGCAGAAGCUCAUGCACUGAUAACCCCCAAAACAUCACACAUCCAUCCGGCAUCAAUAUGCAGUCCAGGUGUUUCCAUCAACCCACAGGCCUGGGCCAGGACUCACACGACCUCCUCAACCUGCAGAUGAAGGUGGACUUCUUCCGAAAGCUGGGUUACUCUCCGCAAGAAGUGAAAGCUGCUUUGAGGAAGCUCGGCCUAGGGACGGACACUAAUGCGGUUCUGGGGGAGCUGGUUCGUUCAGGGGCGAAGGCUGUCCCCCCUUCUGUUUCUAAUAGUGAUGAUGGGGGCUCAGGAUCAUCCCAUCGGGGAGGGGGCUCAUCUAGAGGACAGGGAUCUACGUUGGAUGACGCCACUGAAGCUGAAAGUGACCUGAAGCCUAUAGUUAUUGAUGGCAGCAAUGUGGCUAUGAGUCAUGGGAACAAGGAAGUGUUUUCGUGCAGAGGGAUUGAGCUGGCAGUCAACUAUUUCCUUGACCGAGGGCACCGAAAUAUCACCGUGUUUGUGCCUUCCUGGAGAAAAGAGCAGCCCCGGCCUGAUGUACCUAUUUCAGAUCAGCAUAUUUUGGGAGAGCUGGAAAGGAAGAAGUUUCUAGUGUUUACACCUUCACGACGCGUCGGAGGAAAGCGUGUGGUCUGCUACGAUGAUCGUUUUAUCGUCAAGCUCGCUCAUGAUCUAGAUGGCAUUAUCGUGUCUAAUGACACGUACCGUGACCUGCAAAGUGAACGUCCGGAGUGGAAGCGGUUCAUCGAGGAGAGAUUGCUCAUGUACUCCUUUGUCAAUGACAAGUUCAUGCCACCUGAUGACCCUCUCGGCCGUCAUGGUCCCAACUUGGAUAAUUUUCUCCGGAAAAAAGCAAUGUUGAUUGACCACAAGCGUCAACUCUGUCCGUAUGGAAAAAAGUGCACAUAUGGGAUCAAGUGUAAGUUCUACCACCCAGAGCGCACUAAUCAAUCCCAGCGUUCUCUAGCCGAUGAGCUUCGGGAAAAUGCCAGACUGUCUGGUUCUAAAGAGGACUGCAGAGUUUCUGGUUCCCUAAGAGGAGUAUACCCAAGAAACGAUCCUGGAUCCUGCUCUCCCUCCCUGGAGCAAGAACUGGAAAAGAAGCUGAGCUUGGAGCCCGAGAGCUCUGACAGCAGGGAUGUCUUGCUCCACUACUGGGAUGAUAUUAUGUCCAUGAAAAAGCCCUUAAAUACUGCACCGGUUGGACAAUACAGUGCUUUGGGAGACAGAACCAGUUUGCAUGCACCAUAUUCAAAAAACCCAUCCAUUUUCAGUUCCGACUCUGGGCUUGGGUCCUACGAAAGCCAGUUUUCAGAGCAAUCCCAGAGUUUUGAUGAGUUGCACAGGAUUAGAUCUGGUCAUCCCCCAAUGCCUGGUAAUCCUGCUGUACCUGCUGGUGGCCAUUAUUAUAACAACAUUAGUCAUUUCUCCAGCCUUCAGCCAAAUUACACUGCUUACAGCUCUCUACCUCUGCCUAACCCUGUCCAGAGUUACAGUCUUCCUGCUUGUGGUGGCUGGUCUUACCCAUACUACUUAACACAGGCGACCGGUUUAGCAGAGCCUUUAACAAGCCGUAGUUCCCAGUCUGCUGGUGUCUACGGAAGCCAGCAGCAUUCAGCCAUGACACAGUCCAACGCUUUCCAAGAAGAAAGGGAGGAGGUCAGGAAGAAGCUUUAUGCCAUUUUUAACCCACGUCAUGUAAAUAAAGUUAUGGACAUGUUCCCUCAGCUGAAAGAUGCACAGCAGCUGGCUGCAGAAGUUCUCAAACUCAAAUCCAGCGGAGAGUUCUUCUGAUUGUUUAAAACUUGUGGAUCACAGAAAAAGACUGCAUGGCAGAUGUUAAAAAAAGAGUGAGUCUCUGCACUCUCUAGAGGAAUGCAUGAAAAUAUUUGCCAUAAGGGGACUAACAGCUUGAGCCUGAGGAAAUUCCCUUAAAGAAACAGCCUUGUGUUUUAUUUUUAAAAGGGUUCAUAGUUGCUUAAGGGUGCUUUCACACCUGCCUUAUUUAGUUCGAUUGAAUCGCACUAGAGUUCGUUUU